AGCCAUGAUGUGGUUGAUUUGCUGCCCGGCCACGUCUGGCACAUCAUCUUCCGCUGCCUGCUGCAGCCACCGGCCGAUCCUGCUAAGCAGCAGCAAAAACAGGAAUACUCUAUUUCUUUGGAGGAAGCAUCAUUGCGGGGAGAACUGAGCAGUUUGUGUGACUUUGUUGCUUUGCAGCAGCAUCAGUCUGAUUCGCCUGACACACAUGAGAUUGAAGAAGACAAUGAGGAGAACCCACUUUCUGCCAGGGAGCAGCAUGAGAAGGAUUCGAGGCGCUUCGGCUCCUCCUGGCAUGUGCUGCGCUUCGCCAUGGCCAGCAAGAGGCUUCUCCACCAUGUCUUCUCCUUCUCC